ACGUUAUAAAUACGGGACUGGAGUUGGGGCGGUAACUCGAACCGUUUACACCGAAGAGAAAAUGCCUGAUCCUGCAAAAUCCGCUCCUGCGCCAAAGAAGGGUUCCAAAAAGGCCGUGACCAAAACACAGAAGAAAGGAGGCAAAAAGCGUCGCAAGACCAGGAAGGAAAGCUAUGCCAUUUAUGUGUACAAGGUGCUGAAGCAGGUGCACCCAGACACGGGGAUCUCCUCCAAGGCCAUGGGCAUCAUGAACUCUUUUGUCAACGACAUCUUCGAGCGCAUCGCCGGGGAAGCGUCGCGCCUGGCGCACUACAACAAGAGGUCCACCAUCACCUCCAGGGAGAUCCAGACCGCCGUCCGCCUGCUGCUGCCCGGGGAGCUUGCCAAACAUGCCGUGUCUGAGGGCACCAAGGCCGUGACCAAGUACACCAGCUCCAAAUAGAGACUUAGCAGAGUAUAGACACAGGGGGACAACGGUCACUAAAUCACCGCCAAGACUUUCUUUAUACCCUCACCCCCGGGUCCUCAUGUGUCGGAUGUAGGCUGCUUUGAUUUUUUUGCACCAUUGCCGGUUUUUAAAGAGAAUGAAAUGUCUUGGAACUGUAGCCUGCCAUUUUGUUUGAACUGUUAUUUCUGUUGUGUAAUGUUUUUAAUAAAUGUGUUAGUCUGUGCUCCUAAACUGUGGAACUCUCCUUUGCACCUUUGUACUAAUUUGCACACAUGCACCAUAGGAAACUUCCUACAGGCUUGUAUGUAAUGGCACAGCUGAAACCCACUGAGAUUAAAGCUGUGAUUUACUACCAGUGCAGGUUUGUUUCUACAUGUAAUCUGGUUAAAUGGAAUUUAUUUAUUUUUCUUCUAUUUUCAUGGUAAAAUGUAACAAAAAACCUGGUUGAGAUCGAUUUUAAUCGAUAGACCGAUAAAUUCAGCAUGGUCAAAUCUGA